AUGUCUCUACCAUGGCACGAACGCAAGAGUCGCCUCAGCUCUCUCAUUGGCGCAAACGACGGAGAAGACGGAGAGGCCGUGGCGAUGGACCAGCUGAUGCAUGGGCAGAGCGUGAUUGGAAAGACUGCCAAAACCAUCCGAGUGGAUGAGUUCCGGUUCACAGACAAAGACCUUGAUCUUGUCGGGACACUGGAAUACGGCCAGUAUGGUGUGAUAGACGUCGUUACGUGCAAGUUCGACGGCCGUGUCUAUGUCCGCAAGUCGACUGAAAAGCGUUUUGCGCUGAGAACUCGAGAGCAAUGCUCCCCUCAAUUCGAGCGAGAUAUCCUUCUCAAAGCUCGUAAGAUGGAGUCUCGGUGGGCUCCUCAUCUCCUCUGCGCCUUCCAGACCCCGACGCACCUCAACCUCGUCAUGGAGUACAUCGAAGGCGGGACGCUGUGGGACGUGCUGGAGUCGAGUCCUCACGACGGCAAGAUUAUCGAGUCAGACUUGAAGUGGUGGAUUCCCCAGAUAGUGAGCGCGAUCUCUUGGUGCCAUUCCCAGGGCUUUGCGCAUCGUGAUGUCAAGCCGCACAACUUCGUGCUCGACAGCUCCGGCUAUGUCCGCCUCAUCGACUUCGGGUCCACCGCGCCACUACUUCCUCCCGCUGCGGACGGGAGCCAAGCAAUAUCUCCCGAGCACUGUCAAGUGCCGUGCGGCACCUGCGACUACAUCUCCCCAGAGAUCCUGCAAGCCCACGAAGAGGCACUUGUUGCGCUGGAGAUGGACGAUGAAGAAAGCUUGUCUGCCUCCAAGUCGCGCAAGGGGAGAGGAUACGGUCGAGAGACCGACUGGUGGAGCAUGGGUGCCAUGAUCUACGAAAUGGCUUACGGUGUUGCACCGUUUUUCUCAAGAGAGAUCCGGCAUACAUAUGCGCGAAUCGUAGAGCACCAUAGAAGCCUCAAAUUUGACGCGUCUGCUCCCGUGUCAGUCAAGCUCCAAGAUCUGCUUCGCAGGCUGUUAACAUCUCCUGAGCUGCGCUUGGGACGAUGCAAUGUCAAAGAAAUCCAAAGCCAUUCGUUUUUCUCUGAGGGAGCGUUUGAGGACUUGCACCUAAAGACCAAGCCGGAUGACCUACACGUGCCUCAGUUCACCUACGCGACUCCAGUUGUCCCCUCGGCCCCCGCCGAGAAUGCUUCUCACGAGGAAUCCCAGUCCCGACCCUUCGCCUUCUCGAUGUUCUUCCAGUCGUCAUCGCCUAUGACUGCCCCCAGCGGGUCUCCAGGCGUCUCCCCCGGCGUCCAAAUGACUCCUUCUCAUGGAUCUACCCGUUCCAUCCUCCGCGAGCAGCCCCUGGCCGCCUUCAUCGGCUUCUCCUGGGGCCCCCCAAAAGACGCCUUCGACCACCCCUCCACGAGCACAAGCCCCCCACACCGCGCGAACCUCAGCACCCCGCGCCCGCUCGCGCACCUCUUCGCCCCGCUCGGCGAGCUCUCCGCGCAGGUGCAGCGCACGCCCGUCGGCCCGCGCUACCCGUUCGCGACGCCCGUGCGGCCGUCGGCGCUCACCCCGUUCCAGACGCUGCCGCGCGCGAGCACGGUGCGGCGCACGGCGCAGCGGCGCGUCGUGUCCGACCGGGAGGCGAUGAAGCAGCUCGUGGACUGCGUCGGGAUGAGCGCGCGCAAGAAGGUGCUCGAGAGCGGGCGCAAGCCGCGCGUGCUCCUCGCCCACCCGCGCUCCGGCUCGCGCUCGCGCUCCGGCACGGGCUCGGGCGCCGCGAGCGUGCUCAAGGAGCUCCGCUUCGACCGCUCCGUCGCCGUCGUCGGCGACGCGGGCGUGUCGUUCCGCUCGGAGCAGCCGUCCCAGCAAUCGCACUCGCACUCGCACUCGCACUCGAACUCGGAGAGCAUGCUCGGGGCGUCGAUCCUCUCCAUGUCGUCGCGCGCGCUCGACGCCGCGGCGCAGGCGAACGCGACGGGCGCGAGCGCGAACGCGACGGGCCUCACGCAGGAGAUCCUCCUCGAGGACACCAGCUCCGAGUUCGACUCGGACGCGCCCCCGAGCCCGAGCCCGACGCCGCGGCCCGGGUCGGCGAUGUCGAUGCUCUCGCGGCGGAGCGCGACCCCGACGGGCUCCUACUUCCUCGCGAGCGGGCAGAGCAGGCUGCGCGCGGAUCGGCGCUCGCUCUCGCCGUCGUUCACGGAGACGCUGAAGACGCCGCGCACGGCGGGGACGGCGUCGAGCACCAGCACCGGGGGCGUCGACAGGAGCGGGUUGUCGGAGUCGCGGUCGAUCAGGGUCGACGGGGAUCUGUCGUACGGGGACCUGGACAACAUGGAGCGGCGGUACAAGCGGCUCAUGGGUGAUAUUGCGGUGGUAGAGGCCAGGCUGGACGAGGUCGCGGGUCUCCUGCAGUAA